CUGUUGGCUAAUAGCCAGCGACAUGGUAAUGUAUUUCAUUGUGGUGCUCAAGAUAUUGGGUUAAGUGACACUUUUCAUUCACAACAUUGAUCAUUCUAAGAGAUAGCAUUGAGAAGUUGAGACAGAGGGGAAUCUACUGAAAAUCAGCUACACCUACAUUACAUUUAUCAGAUUGCACAUUUAGGAGAUUUCAUAGCGGACACUUGAAAUCGCAAAUUAUGGAGCUGCUGGUCACUAGUUAUAAAGCCAGAUAGGAAUAUUUAUUGCUUGAUUGUUGCUUUAGAUUGUUGAACUAGUUAUUAAAAUUGGACCAUAGUAACUGACCUUGCUACAUAUGCCAGCUUGAGGAUCAGUUGAGUAAUGAAAAUGUAAUAUAACUAAAGCAUAUGCAGUACCAUAUGAUGCGAAUGUACUUACUAUAGCCUGAGCAAACAAUUACUAAAUUAUAAACGGGAUAAAGUUUAAACACAUCUAGUUAUCGGCGGAUUAUCUUUAGUAGAGUCUACGACACAUAGUUUAGGGAUGUCGAGAUCUGCCCCAAGGCGUGUUCACGUCCUCCGGACAAUAAGUGAGUCCCAUUCAGGUCAUGACAAAGAUUUAGACCCCGAGAUAGAUGGAGGGAUGAAUCAUUUAAGCUGUAGUGUACCAAAUGGGUAUGGAUUAUAUGGGUACUCCCCAGGAAGGAGCCCAACACUAACAGGAAGGAGUCCCACUAGGGUACAUGGGGGACACACCCUCACCCCAGGGGAUGUAUAUGGCUCCCAGGGGCUCAGUGCAACCGAUUCUUCAGAGGAGGAUUUGAGUACAUUUGCUAUGCCACUUUUGGAGACUAACCAUGAAGGUAAUUCAACAGGAGAUAGCGUAGAUGGCUUUCGAAAUCGCAGUGGCUCGGGUGGAUUCAGGAACUACUUUCGCCGACAGCGUCA